UUUUCCGGAAAUCCCAGCCGUAGAAAGACAUCACAUCAUUGUAUGUCCCAUUAUGGUGUAUGUGAGGGCAUGGGCAGUGCCAUUGAGGCCAUCUCCAUUUGAAGUAGUCAAUUUUGUUCUACUUUUAUGGGUUGGCAAACAAACUGCCACCUGUAGUGUUGCUUGAACAGGUAUAAAGACAAGGUUGGUGAUAUACUGCCACCUGCAUUUAUUGAAUGUUUGCUCAAGAGUACAAUUCAUUGGCUGAUCACUCCUCGUGUGAUCCUUCCUUAAACCAUAGGAAGUCCCACCCAGUUGACUACCUCAAAAUUGUGAAAGUCCUCAAUGGCUCUGCCCAUGCAAAAAAAUGGCUUUUGGGCACUAUCAUCCUCUUUCUAUCUCUAUGGUUAGUAUCAUUAGCCAGAGGAACAACAGUACUGCAUAUAGCAGUUAACAAUAAAACUUGACAUUUGAAAAAGCCCAACCCUCAGCCUUAGAAGGAACUGAAAUGAGUAGCCUGUUAUCCAAAGGCAGCGUCUGACUGGUGUACACAGUAAUCAUGACUCAAAUGUGUGUUUCUGGCAGCAGCACAAGGAAAGGAAAAUAUUUUCUUCAGUGAAGAAUGAGCGAAAGUUUCAAGGAAGGCCCUGACAUUCAGGGGACACCGUUCAGGGGUCCCUCUCUGUCCCAGCAGAGGAGGGUCAUCCAUUUCUCCAGCGGUGAGACUCUGGAGGAAGAUAACAGUGAGGAAGAGGAGGAUACAUCACAUGAGCAGGUGUUUAGGGAGCCUGAAGACAUGCUUAAACUCCCAUGGAAAGCAUAUACUUGGUCUCUUGGCAGGAAGUCAUUGCGCACUUGUGAUUUUCUUGGGGAAAAACUGGCUGGUCUACUUGGCCUUAACACUGCCAAAUACCAGUAUGCUGUAGACGAAUAUCAACGCUCCAUUAAGACCACAGCCAGUAAAGAAACUGAAUGCUCUUAUGAGGAAGGCACAGAGAGAAUUCACCUUUCUUCAAGGAUGAGCAGUGAAUAUGGGGCCACAAGCUUCUACAGACUCCCUGCUGGUUCUCAAGCCUCCCAAAACAUUGAGCACAGAACUACAGGAUCCCACAACAAGGGCUAUCAAAAUGAUAAUGAGCACUGAGAAAGAACUAGCUAUUAUGAAUUUAACAUAUUAACAUGUGUUAAGAAAGCUAAUAUUAAUGUUGAUGUGUGUAUUUUUUGCUGUUCCUCUCGCUAUGGUUUCUACCAAACCAGGGUUCAAAUACAUGUAUAUUUGAUAUUUAAAAUACUUGUUUCUGUGUAUUUGAGUAUUGCCCAAAACCAGUACCUUUAUACUCCUGAGACCCAGGAAUACCUUUUUGUCCUCUCUAGUGGACAUCAGUUAUUGGUCCAUAUCACUGAGGCCAUACAAGCCACUGUAUUGAGUCCUGCUGCCGUCAAAAUUAGGCAAUUUUAUAGAAAAUUUUAAGAGUGUGUAAUUAUUAAUUAUUUUUGUGAAUUUGAUAUUCAAAUUGUUUCUAGAAAGUGAAUAUCUCAGGAAUAGUUAAGUGAGUUGUCAGGACUCUGUAAUAAUUGUUUCACAUUAAAUAAGGGCUAAAUAAGAGCUUAUCAAGAAAUGUCCUCUGUAGUGGACCACCCGGAUGCCGCAACUAUGUUUUCACCUACUGUACCCAUUGACUGCAAUGUCAAUUUUUUUCAUAUUUACGUCCUAAUGACCACUACAGGGAACAAUUUUGCACUUACAAUAAAAGAUAAAUAACAAUAUUA